AUGCCGGUCACUGAAAUCAUACCAGAUCAAGUCAAUCAAAUUAAUCAUAUACAAUCCAUUAAUACCGAUCAAUCCAAUUUACAAAACAAUAAUUCUGAAAUUAAGGAUCAUGACGUAAUAGAUCAAAUUGAGGAAGAUCAAGAAGAUCAAGAAGAUCAAGAAGAUCAAGAGCCAACUUCUGAACAACAAAAUCAACAAUUUCAAAAACUUCAACAAUUACAACAACAAAUUGAAUUGAAUAGGCUGAAUGAAAGGAAUGAUCAAUUUAUUGAUGUUAAUUCCUUACAAGAUCAAUUAAAAACUAAACAACAAAAUUUACAGAACCAAGAUUAUGAUAAUGGUUAUAUCAUUGAUUCAAACAAUUUAAAUUAUAGAAUUGGUCAUAAUGACAACAAUAAUGACAACCAUGACUUAGAAAACUCACAUAUUAAUGCAAAUAAUCAUGACAUACCUCAUAAACGUUUAAAUAUUUCAACAACUGAAACAAAUAUUGAAAAUAACAAUCAUCAACAUAAAAUUAAUACUGAUACCCAAAACAUGGAAAAUAAUAGUACUCACAAAUCAAUCUUACCAGCUAAUUUAUCGAAAUCAGCUCAUUCACAAUCAAGAAAUUCAAAAUCAUAUAAAUUUAAAAAUCAAUAUAGUUUAGAUUAUUUUGAUUCAUUCAAACACUUACCACAUCAAAAAGCUAUAAAUUAUCCAUACUCAAUACCUUCAAAUUACUCGAAAUCUCAUCACAACCAUUCAUUAAAUAAUUUUAAUAAUAAAUUCUUACAACCAAAUGCUCAAUUUAUAGGUGAACAACAAUCCGGAAAAUCAAAAUUUCGUAUAAAAGUUGAAUUUAAAACUAUAGACCUAAAAAAUUCAUUAAUUACUGGGUUUUUACAAAUAAAUGGAUUAACUAAAGAUCAUCAAGAAAUAACCACUUACUUUAAAGGAGAAGUUAUAAAUAAUCCAUUGAUCAAUAAUAUACCAAACAAUAAAUUCUCUACAAAGAAUUAUUCAUUCAUAUCAGAAAAUAAAAACUGGGGUUCAUAUCCUAAAAAUGAUUUUGAACAUUGGAAAAAAUUAACAAAUUCAACUAAUUUAACAACUGAAGAAUUUUUACAAAAAUUAACUAAUAUUCAAUUAGGUUUAGAAAAUCAGAAUUGUUUAUAUAUGAGAUGGAAAGAAGAAUUUCUUUUACCUGAUUCAAGAAUAAAACAAAUUCCAAAUGCUUCAUUUGAAGGUUUUUAUUAUAUUGUUUUAAAUAUUGGGUCCGGUGAUAGUAGUGAUAAUAAUGAUUUUGGUGGAUGUGGUGAUAUCAAUGGAUUAUAUUAUCAUAAUCUGUCUGAAAAGUUUCAAUCUUUGAGUUUGAAUCAUGUUGAAAAUUAUGGGAUUUCUGAAGUUUUUGAUUUUAAUUGA